AGCAAUCUCAGUAAACCUUAAUCAUCACUCUCAUCCACACACAAACCUUAGUCACCUCUGACUUAUUCAAAAAAAAUAUAGGCCAGAAUGAGUUACGUCGCUAAGGACAAGGAGUACGAUGCAGCAGGUGCUGUCCCCGCUGCCAAAAUUCAUAAAAUUCGCAUUACCUUGACGAGCAGCAACGUCAAGAACUUGGAAAAAUUCUCCGCCGACCUCAUCAACCGUGCAAAGGACAAGCAGCUCCGUGUCAAGGGCCCUGUCCGCCUCCCCACUAAGGUCCUCAAGAUCACAACCCGUAAGACUCCUUGUGGUGAAGGUUCGAAGACCUGGGACCGCUACGAGCUCAAGGUGCACAAACGUCUCAUCGACUUGCACUCCUCCAGCGAAGUUGUCAAGCAGAUUACUUCUAUCAGCUUGGAGCCUGGUGUUGAGGUUGAAGUCACCAUCUCGGCUUAGGUAGAUCUACUACACUGUAUGUAAGCUUUAUGACAGCGCAUCAAUGUAUGACACCUUGCUCCGCGCGGUGAAUUGUAUGCUUUCAU